CCCCACUGCCACCCAAAGCAGUGGGAGUAACAAUAACCCCAACGACGAUGACGACAGUGGUGGCAAUGCUGAUGACCAGACCGCUGCUGGCGGGGCUGGAUCUGUUGAGAUGGCAGAGACUGGUGGCUCGGCUGGGAGCAAUAACGGCCGGCGGCCCCGUGGCCGCCCACCCGGAUCCAAGAACAAACCGAAGCCACCCAUCAUCAUCACUCGAGAUAGUCCCAACGCUCUCCGUUCCCACGUUCUCGAGAUCGCCAACGGUACUGACAUCAUGGAAGCCAUGAACAACUUCGCUCGCAAGAGACAGCGCGGUGUUUGUAUUCUCAGUGCGAGCGGUGUCGUCACUAAUGUAUCUCUCCGCCAACCCGGUGCUCCGCCGGGAGCUGUAGUCACGCUACACGGCCGCUUUGAGAUUUUAAGUCUUUCCGGCGCGUUCCUUCCAGCGCCGUCGCCUCCGGAUGCUACGGGGCUGAAGGUGUAUCUCGCCGGCGGGCAAGGGCAGGUUGUGGGAGGCAGUGUCAUGGGGGAGCUGCUUGCUUCAGGGCCAGUCAUGGUCAUUGCUGCAACGUUUUCUAAUGCUACUUUUGAGCGACUACCAUUAGAGGAUGAUGCUCCGGCUGGUGAACAGCCGGUGUCGGAGGGGAUGCAGCUACAACAGAGUCCAGGUGGUUCUGCAGGUGCGGCUGGUUUGGCUGCUGAUCCUUCAUUAGCCCCCAUGUUGAACCUCCCCCCAAAUCUAAUCCCCAAUGGUCAGUUUCCACCUGACAUGUUUGGUGCCUGGCCUCCUUCAGCUCCUCGUCCUCCGUCCUACCAAUAAUUGGGAGGAGAUAAAAAAUAGCAAUCUAAACAGAUGGAACUCGCCUCUUAUGCCAGGAAAGAAUCACAAUGGCAUGAAUGAUGGGAGAGAAGUGAAUAUUGUCUUAUCAGACCACCACAUUGCAGCACCGAGCUUUUUUCUAGGUCGAUGAGCAUGUUGGCCAUUGCUAAUUCACCAUAGAACUAGAUAUCCCGUUACUAAUUCGGAUUUCAAUACUGGCAGGUGAUUGUUGUGUCUUAGUCUCAUUCUAAUUAAUGGUACUAUGUGUGUUAACUUCUCAUUUAAUUCUGGUCUAUUUACUAGAUGAAGAAAAAAAAUAUUGUGUACAUGAUUCUUGCGCUAUAUUGUCAACGACGUCGGUACACGGCACAAGAAAUCAUAGAUUAAUUUUCUGCCA